UCUUCAUCAACUCAUCCUCAAUAUAAUCUCCCCCUACAAUUUUUCUCUCAUUCUCUAGAUCUCUCUCUUUCUGAACUUUCGCCAAAGAUCGAUCAAUAUGGCCGCCAAGGGAAGAGGCAGUGCAUCAUGGUCCGUUGGAGCUAUCGUGGCUCUUAUGGCUGUGUCAGUGUUGUUGCUUCAUGCUGACUACGCUCAAGCUGCGACGUACACGGUCGGUGACUCUGGUGUCUGGACCUUUAACGCUGUGGGUUGGCCUAAAGGCAAAAACUUUAGAGCCGGUGACGUUCUCGUGUUUAACUAUAAUCCGAGUAUGCACAACGUAGUGAAGGUAGACAGUGGAAGUUACAACAGCUGCAAAACCCCGGCAGGUGCGAGAACUUACACUUCAGGCAAAGAUCGUAUAACUUUGUCUAGAGGACAAAACUUCUUCAUCUGCAAUUUUCCAAACCAUUGCGAAAGCAAUAUGAAAAUCGCAGUCACCGCGGUUUGAUCGAUCAUCCAGCAAUCAAACUAGUUUGAUCACAUGCAUGUUAUGUUCUUAACAAGAAAUAUUAAGUAUGCAAUAAAGUUCGUGUUAUAAUGUAUUUCUUAUGAUAUGUUUUCUGAAAAAUAUCCGGUGCGUUCUCUGUUGAGAACCAGAGUCGUCGAUUUAGUGAUCAUCUAUAUUUUAUGCAA